UCAUUGUGCCUGAUCCCGGCGGCUGAGGCGGCGCCAAGAGCAGGAGCAGGGACAGAGCUGAUGGCCGGUGCCCAGGGGAGGAGUCUGCCUCUUGGGGCAUCGGGAGUCCAGGGAGGAUUGGUCCCCUCCGGGUCCGUGCGUCCCGGACACGCCAUGCAGUCCCCGUACUACAGCCUCCCCCCGGGGCUCAGCCUCAUUGAUUUCAUCCCAGUUCACCUCCAGGCGCAGACAUUACCGCACCGCCAAGGGACCCGGGUGCCUGUGCUCCGGAACGGCGGCUCCAACACGCUCAACUUCCAGUUCCACGACCCGGCCCCCAGGACUGUGUGCAAUGGGCACUCGGCUCCCAGAAGAGUCCUCCCAGAUCCUUCUUGGUAUCAGACCUGGCCUGUUUCUGAGAGCCAGGUCCCUGCAAGCACCAAGCAACCCGUAGCCCAGGCUGGCCCAAACUGGUCGGCCACAUGGACCAAAGGCAGCAAGCCGCGGGACAAGUGCUGGGUCAAGUAUGAGGGCAUCGGACCAGUGGAUGAGACUGGCAUGCCCAUCGCUCCCCGUUCUAGUGUAGGAAGCCCACGGGAUUGGUACCGAAAAAUGUUCCAGCAGAUCCACCGCAAACUUCCAGAGCUGCAGCUGGACUGGGCUUUUGAGGAGCAAGGCAAAGAGUCCAGUCACCUCAGGUCAGGACUGAGAAAUAGUCCUUCAUCUCUCCACAGCAGGAGAAGCCACAAGGACCCUAAAGAAGGGACUGGAAGCCCCUCCAGCUACAAGCCCAGAACUUCACCUCUCCUGCAGACAAGACCUCAGGUAGUCAGGUACCAGAAGAAAGCUGAAGAUAUCUGGACUGAGGACUCGUGGAAUCAAUUUCUGCAAGAAUUAGAAACAGGGCAGAGGCCCAAGAAGCCCCUGGUGGAUGAACCUGCUGAGAAGCCCUCUUUACCAAUUGAGAAAUACUGGAGCGGCUUGUCAUUUCCUUCUCCAGCCCAUUUUACAGAUGAGGAAACUGAGGCAACCAGGGUCACACAGCUAAUCUCCCUGGAGAGGGAACUGGCCAGGCUGACCGAGGAGCUGGACAAAGACAUGCGAGCCAUUGAGAUGAAGCUGCCCCCGGAAAAGGGCUCGGCGCAGGCUAGCGGCCCCCGGGACAGAACACCCUGGGCUCGCUUGUCUCCAGCCAGGGCCUCCAGCCCAUCCCAAGCACUUUACCAUAGCACCUCCCGGGCCCUGAGCCCCCACAGAAUGCAAGAUGGAGGGAGCCCCUUCCUGGGUCGGAGAGAUUUUCUCUACCCACUCCCCACUCAAGAUUCAGACGCAGCAGAGCCUGGGGAUGGCCAGGCUAAGAAAGAAGAGAAAAAGAUGAAGGCUGCACGACUCAAAUUUGAUUUCCAGGCUCAGUCACCUAAGGAGUUGACCCUGCAGAAGGGGGACAUUGUGUACAUACACAAAGAGGUGGACAAAAACUGGCUGGAGGGAGAGCAUCAUGGGCGGCUUGGCAUCUUUCCAACUAACUAUGUAGAGGUGCUGCCCCCAAACGAGAUCCCAAAGCCCAUCAAACCCCCAACCUACCAGGUACUGGAAUAUGGAGAGGCUGUAGCCCAGUACAACUUCAAGGGGGAUCUGGAAGUGGAGCUAUCCUUCCGAAAGGGUGAGCGUAUCUGCCUGAUAAGAAAAGUGGAUGAAAACUGGUACGAGGGCCGCAUCUCAGGGACUGGACGACAGGGCAUCUUCCCUGCUAACUACAUCCAAGUCUCCAAGGAACCCAGGGUCAAGGUCUGCGAAGAUGGCCCAACCCCCACCCACCUGACCCUGGCUGGCUCCCAAGUCCCGGGGUCCCCACGCCUGGGCACCUCUCGACAAGCAAGGCCAUCUGGUUCCCCCUCUGUACCCCAAAGCACAGCCGACACCACUGACUGGGGGGGCCGAACCUCUCCCUAUCGAACUGGUUUGGCCUUUCGUUCCAGCACCCAGGAACCUUCCUCACGGACUUCUCCAUCCAGACCUCAAACCCAGGGUCUUGGUGUCUCCAGGACAUUACCAACCUAUCACUGGGAUCCCAGCCCUCAUCAAGACCCUUCUUCUUCCUCUUCCGGAUCCUCUAAUAUUCACUGGACCCCGUACCGGGCAGUAUAUCGCUAUUGGCCCCAGAAUGAAGAUGAAUUGGAGCUUCGGGAAGGAGACCAGGUGGAUGUCAUGCAGCAGUGUGACGAUGGCUGGUUUGUAGGUGUCUCCCGGAGGACCCAGAAAUUCGGAACAUUCCCAGGAAACUACGUGGCCCCCGUGUGAAUGGACACUUUGGCGGCCUGGACCAAGCCCAGAGCUCUGCCUAUGAAAGCCCAGCCCAGAGUGGGGGGUGGGGAGAAGGGAUGGGAGUGGGAGGUGCUGCAGUUAGGACACUGCUGACAAGGGCUCUCUCUGUAACCUCCCCUUCCUCGGCUAACCCGCCUGCCCGCUGACAGCUGCUUUGUUGUGGUCUUUCUCUAAGACCUGAGGGAGGAUGGGAAUGGAGGGGGAGGGGAGGAGCGUCUGCAGGAUGCCGCAGCUUCUGUGGGGCCCCAUCCUGUGUCAGACACAACCACCAGCCCUCUGCCUGCUCUUCCCAUCCUCCCUGCCUUGGGGGACCUGGAAUAACUCUCCACUCAACUCACAGACACCCCUCUAACAGCCCCCUCCACAAGGACUAGUUCCCAGCCUUAUCAAGACCAGAAAUAGCUUCUCCUCCUCUCCCUCCUACCCCCUCCAUCUCCAUGACCAAGGACCACCUUCUUAACUUAAUGGACCAAGUGCUUCCACCUGGAAGAGGUUUCCUACCCAUGUCCCAUCUUGCUUUCCCUCCCUUUCUUUGCUAGUUGAGUUAGGAAAGGGCUGGGGAGAGAUGGGAAGGAGGGCCCUCUUCUGGUCUUCUCAGAGCUCCCAGUAAGGAGUCAGCCUUUAAUGUUAGUAAUCCAAUCCCAGAGUCCUGGAAGACUCAGGCUGUACGUUCCCCCUCCUAUGGCACCUGUUCUCCCCUUGGAGAAACUAUAUAAUAAACCUGGAACACCUUU